AGCGUGUCUUCAGAGUCCCGUUGUAGAAUCAGAAUAGAACAAUAGAAUGUAACAGAACAGAACUAAGCGUGUCUUCAGAGUCCCGUUGUAGAAUCAGAAUAGAACAAUAGAAUGUAACAGAACAGAACUAAGCAUGUCUUCAGAGUCCCGUUGUAGAAUCAGAAUAGAACAAUAGAAUGUAACAGAACAGAACUAAGCGUGUCUUCAGAGUCCCGUUGUAGAAUCAGAAUAGAACAAUAGAAUGUAACAGAACAGAACUAAGCAUGUCUUCAGAGUCCCGUUGUAGAAUCAGAAUAGAACAAUAGAAUGUAACAGAACAGAACUAAGCAUGUCUUCAGAGUCCCGUUGUAGAAUCAUGUCCUGUUGAUCUGCUCUUCAAUAAUUAUAAAUUCAUUUUGUAGUAGGCCCACAUUCUGGAUUAAUGCGCCUUCUGAUAUUCCAUCUGGGGCAUUUCUCCCUCUCCCCUCUGCGGUGGUUCGAGGGGGCUGUCUCUCUUUGAUUGAAUCCAGCUGUUGUCAGAAGUGCUCGAGGACCUGUCCCGGUCAUUUGCAUUACUAAACUAUCUGUACAGUUUAGAGAGGGGGGGAAAUAGACCAGACCGUUUUUUUUGUUGAAAGACAUUCCCCCCGUAAGGUGGGGCAUAUAUCAAGGCUUCGGUCGACUGGAUAGCUGUUUAUCAAGUCCUGAUUUAGGUUUUCACCGUAGUCUGGAUGGUGUGACUGGCGAGAGUAGCCCACCACAUGCACAUUGGAUUUUCGACUUCACAAACAGUAGCAAAGUGUUCCAAAAACGUUUCUUGCUCCAAAAAUAUCCGCGGGUCUUCUGAGUAAAUCAGCAGGAUCCAUAGACCAUGUUUUUGGACGUACGUGGCUUGAAUGUCUGGACUUACGCAAGAAUGUUGACAGUUGUGGUGUUGGCAUUAUGUACCAUCCACUCCGGAUAUGGCCAGACCUGCACAGAGGGGUUCGCCUAUGAUCGCAGAGCAAGAGUAUGUGUUGACAUCGACGAGUGUCGUACCGUACCAGACGCCUGCAGAGGGGACAUGCAGUGUGUGAACCAGAACGGAGGCUAUCUCUGCAUCCCCCGAGGGCUGUACAGCCAGCCUACCUACCCCCGGGGUGGUGGAGGAGGAGGAGGGGCAGGCAGGUCCCAAGCCACCUACCCAGAACCAGACCCCUACCCUCUACAACCCCCUCCGGGUCCCGUGGCACCCAGCUACCCCGUCGUAAGCCGCUCCGCUCCCUGCCUUCUGGGAUACACCCUGGCAGAAGAUGGGACUUGUCUUGACAUGGAUGAGUGUGAGACAGACUCCCACCAGUGUAACCCCACCCAGGUGUGUAUCAACACAGCCGGAGGAUACACCUGCUCCUGUACCGAGGGCUACUGGCUGGUCGGGGGACAGUGUCAGGACAUUGAUGAGUGUCGCUACGGGUACUGCCAGCAGCUGUGUGCCAACGUGCCAGGCUCCUAUUCCUGCUCCUGCAACCCUGGCUUCCUCCUCAACCCCGACAGCAGAACCUGUCAAGACGUGGACGAGUGUGAGGACAACCCCUGCGCCCACGGCUGUUUCAACACCUACGGCUCCUACAUGUGUAGCUGUGAAGAGGGAUUCGAGCUGGCUGCUGACGGGACCACCUGCAAUGACCUGGACGAGUGUGGUUUCUCAGAGUUUCUGUGUCAGCACCGAUGUGUGAACACCCCUGGCUCCUUCCAGUGUCACUGUCCAGGGGGAUACUACCUUUACGAGGAUGGGAGGAGCUGUGAAGAUAUCAAUGAGUGUGAGACUGGUAACAACACGUGUACAACAGCACAAGUAUGUUUCAAUUUCCAGGGAGGCUAUACGUGCUUGGAUCCGCUAAAAUGUGAUCCGCCGUACGUUGAGCUCAGUGACAAUCAGUGUAUGUGUAGUGCAGAAAACCCAGCUUGUAGAGACAGGCCCUUCACCAUCCUUUACCGCCACAUGGACCUGUCCUCAGGCCGCAGCGUCCCAGCAGACAUCUUCCAGAUGCAGGCCACUACCAGAUACCCUGGAGCUUUCUAUAUCUUCCAGAUCAAAGGACCGGGCAACGAGGGACGAGAGUUCUACAUGAGGGCAAACCGAGUAACGGUGAGUGCCCUACGUCUGGUCCUAUCUCGACCCAUCAAGGGUCCCAGGGAGCUGGUCCUGGACCUGGAGAUGGUAACCGUUAACAACGUCAUCAACUUCAGAGGCAGCAGUAUCAUACGGCUCACGAUAUACGUGUCUGAGCAUCCUUACUGAGGCCCCUGACCUUUAACCCCUGACCUCUGACCAAUCACUACGUCCGGUCCAACUCUCACAAGCCCGAAGUAUACCUUCCUAGAUUCCUUUACUCUCCAAAUCUACCGUCUUCCAGCAGGCAGCUCCACUCCGCUUCACUCCCGUUCUAUGGAUGAUGGGGUCUCUUCCACCACAACUAUUGUCUCAAUAAACUCUGUUGUUAUAGGAGACGGGGGGGGGGGGGCACCUUCCUCUCCAUUUCACCACCUCCCCUCCCCACUCUUACAUCCACAUCAGACUGUUACUGGACUGUACAUUAUGGUGCCUAACAGACUAAGGACGUAUCCACACAGAAGGAUAUUUAUGUUGUAUUGUAAAGGCUGUGUGACUCUCUCUCUCUCUCUCUCUCUCUUUCUCUCUCUCUCUUUCUCUCUCUCUCUCUCUCUCUCUCUCUGUCUCUCUCU